AUGCAGUUUCUUGGAGGAAAUCGGAGGAAACUGAGGUUGGCAGAUGACCAGAGGAAUGCUUGCUACCCACAUAGCCUUCUGUUUUACUUGCAGCCGCCUUCUGGAAACAUAUCUUUGAUAGAAUUUGAAAACUUGGACGAUAGAGUUAAAUUGCUGAAAGCAGUUAAGAGUCUUGGUGUGAGCUAUGUGAAAGGAACCGAGCAGUACCAGAGAAAGCUGGAGGCUGAGCUUCGGAAGCUUAAGUUUUCCUACAGAGAAAACUUGGAAGAUGAAUAUGAACCCCGAAGAAGAGAUCACGUUUCUCACUUUAUUUUACACCUUGCUUACUGCCAGUCUGAAGAGCUUAGGCGCUGGUUCAUUCAACAAGAAAUGAAUCUCCUUCUAUUUCAAUUCAGUAUAUUACCCAAGGACAAAAUUCAGAGUUUCUUAAAGGAUAGCCAUUUGCAGUUUGAGGCUAUAAGUGAUGAAGAGAAGACUCUGCGAGAACAGGAUAUUGUGGCUUCAUCCACAAUAGGUGGGGUUCAGUUGGAGUCAGUUUAUGAGGGCCCUUUUGCUGAUGCUCUGGAUUUGUUCCGAGGAAGGAAAGUCUAUUUGGAAAAUGGCUUUGCUUAUGUACAACUCAAGGACAUUGCGGCGAUCAUCCUGAAUGAAUUUAAAACCAAACUGUCCAAGGUUUUGGCUUUAACAGCCAGGUCCUUGCCUGCUGUGCAGUCAGGUGAGAGACUCCAGCCACUGCUCAGCCACCUCAGUCAUUCAUACACUGGUCAAGACUACAGUACACAGGCAAAUGUUGGGAAGGUUUCUUUAGAUCAGAUCGAUUCGCUUUCUACCAAAUCCUUCCCACCUUGCAUAGAUCAGCUACAUAAAGCCCACCAUCUUCGUCAUGGGGGCCUCACGCAGUACAGCCUCUUCCUGAAGGACAUUGGCCUAACCUUGGAACAGACGUGGCAGUUCUGGAAGCAGACAUUUAUCAGAGGAAAGAUGGAUCCAGAUAAAUCUGAUAAAGGCUACUCUUACAAUAUCCGUCAUAGCUUUGGAAAGGAAGGCAAGAGGACAGACUACACACUUUACAGUUGCCUGAAGAUUAUCCUGACCAAUCCACCAAGCCAUGGGGAUUAUCAGGGGUGCCCUUUCUGGCACAGUGAUCCUCAACUGCUGAGGCAGAAGAUGCAAGUGUACAAGAUCCCUCCCUCAGGGAUCAACCAGAUUUUGGAUUUAGUAAAAGGGACACAUUACCAGGUAGCCUGUCAGAAGUUCUUCAAGAUGACACAUAAUGUAGAUGAUUGUGGCUUUUCUUUGAGUCAUCCAAACCAGUUCUUUUUUGAGAGCCAGUGGGUCCUCAGUGGAGGUAAAGACAUCAAGAAGGAAUCUGUCCAACCAGAAACGCCCCAACCCAAACCAAGUGUCCAGAGAAGCAAGGAUGCGUCAUCUGCUCUGGCCUCACUCAACUCCUCUCUGGAAAUGGAUCUGGAGGGACUAGAGGAUUUACUUCAGUGA